AUGGAAACUUAUUUCGGUUACGUAAAAUCACCUCAAGACGCUAUUUUGCUUUUUGAAGCUUGUCGUGUUGGUUUUUUAUCUCGUAUACAACGAAGGUUAAGCGAUAAGGAACGUUCUUCUAUUCGCUCCGGUUCUGUAUUCGUUUGGGAUGAAAGAGAAGCUGGUAUGAGACGUUGGACUGAUGGUAAAAGUUGGUCUGCAAGUAGAGUCAGUGGUAGUUUCUUAACUUAUAGAGAAUUAGAAUCAAAACGUAAAUCUAGUUCUCGCGGUAAUAAUAAUCCUCAUGAUUUAUCAAGCGAAGACACUGAUUCAAGUGAAUCUUAUCAUUCCUCCUCGACCGCCAAAAAAGUAAUAUCAACUGAACAAUGCCGAUAUAAACAUGGUGGUUUGGUAAAACAAUCUUUCAGUAUCACAACCACCACACAUCAAAAAUUACAUUUAAUAUGUUACUACACUAAAGCCGACGUUAUUCAAGAAAAAUUACCAAUACCAAUUCACGACGAAAAAUUAAAAAGUAUUGUCAUACCAAAAGGAAUGUAUCCGGAAACUACAAAUAUUUUGGACAGCAACAACCUCAAUAAUAAUAACGGCAUCAUGAUAAAUUCUGGAAACCGUAAUGGUUUGGUAAAACAAUCUUUCAGUAUCACAACCACCACACAUCAAAAAUUACAUUUAAUAUGUUACUACACUAAAGCCGACGUUAUUCAAGAAAAAUUACCAAUACCAAUUCACGACGAAAAAUUAAAAAGUAUUGUCAUACCAAAAGGAAUUGAAAAUAACGAGAACAGAUCUCCAAGUCCUUAUGCUUGGCAAUAUCAACAAUUACAUUCAUCAUCAAAUAAUACUCCUAACACCGCUUCUUCAUAUUCAAAUCAUCACAAUAAUCACUUUCAUCGUCCUUCAGUCGAACCAAUGCAAAUAGAUUCUCAUUCUGCUUGCUCCACUCCUUCUAUAUCAUCAUCCCCCUCAACCACCUCAGACGAUUUUCCAAACUUUGCCACGAUCGGCAAUAAUAACAACAAUGGUAACAACGUUAGUGGUGGUAAUGGCAUAAAUGGUGUUAGGUUUAACUUUUUCAAUCAUUCUGGAAGUAGCACUGCAUCUUUACCAUUAUUAUAUCCAUCAUCAAACUACGCACAAUCAUCUGAUAAUAAUGGUUAUGGUAAUGGAUCAGAACCGAUUAAUAUUCCAAAUGCUUCAUCAAGAUCAAAUUUCCCUAAUCAUUUACCUUUUCCAGCUUCAUAUCCACCACGAUCUAGUGUUUUAAAUAGUAACAACAACGGUCACAAUGGUAAUAGUGAUAAUAGCAAUCUUCUUGAUCAACAACAACAAAGUCAUCUACCACCUCAAGAUAUCCCUUGGGAAAAAAUUAGAAACAGUGAAGAUCAGCAACCUUUUGAAAUAGUCACAUAUUCUCAAGUUUAUCCUAUAAAGAAUUUAUAUCAAUUGAAG